AUGAAACCUGUCGAACUCCGUCAGGCUGCGCCCCCAGUCUCCCCGGCAGCGGAGAUGCUGAAUGUCUUGGGUGUUCCGGUUGAUAUCGGGCCUUGUCUCGUUGACUGGCUCACCAGAGAUUACCUAGAUCGACUCGAGUUGAUUUCGAAGAUAAGUGAGAGCGACUGGAAGUCUCUCAUCGAAACUAACUUGGCGCUUCAAGAAGUUGACGUGGGCAGAGACUUCCCACGGCUCGAUCCUGCUCGAGCACAAGCAGCCAAGUUGUUCGGGCUGGCUAUGUCUGACGAGACUCGUCGUGUGCUAGAACAAGGAUACGCGCAGACGAAAGCUGCUACGGCCUCACCGGAUUAUGGUGCAUUGAAUUCGGUAAGAACGGCCAAUGCGACACUCGGCUACAUUAGUCCUGACCUCCUCCCCGAUGUGAGAGUCUUGAACAAUAUGAUUCAGUCGCCUGCAGCUUACGUUGAAUUCAAGAACUUGCAGUCCCAUGCGAGUCCCAUGCAGGGACGGCAACGAAGCAACGCAUCCGGCCCACG